GCAUUCUGUCGAGCUAACUUGCACAUUCACUGUUCGAGUUACAGCAUCUACGGGGUCGCUGUGUACCAGGCACAUAAACUCUUCUCAAUAAAAAUGGAUGGGAAAGCAGAUGUGAAGUCCCUCAUGGCGAAGUUUAACACCGUGGGCAGCCCGACGGAGGAGGUCGCAGGCAACAGCCGGCCCUUCAAAGCCACGGGGCAAAACUCCCCCUCAGGAGUACAGGCCAAAAAGAACUUAUUCACCAACCAAGGAAAUGCCAGCCCUCCAGCGGGACCCAGCACCGUACCAAAGUUUGGGUCCCCAAGGCCACCUUUGGGGGUGAAACCUUCUUGUGAGGAAAAGCCGGACGUGGAGCCCAAGCCCCCGUUUCUGAAGCCCACAGGAGGGGGCCAAAGGUUUGGAUCACCAGCGAGCUCCGCCACCAGAGACCCCGAGGUGAAGGCAGGAUUUCCGAGGCCUGUAGGCCCCAAGCCCACCAACCUUCCCAAAGAAGACCCCAAGCCGGCCUUCCCCCGGCCUCCUGGGAAUAAGCCUUCACUUCCCGGACUCAGCCAGGACCAUGACCUCAAGCCGCCGGGUCCAAAGCCCAGGUUUAAUCCUCCAGCCCCGGAACACGAGCAGAAGCCAGUGUUCCCAAAGCUGUCUGGGGUUCAAGGCAAGUUCGCGUCCACUUCCCAAGACCAUGACCCCAAGCCCCUCUUCCCCAAACCCGUCAUUGGCCAGAAGCCAUCCCUGAGCGUCGAUGACCCCCAUGAAGUCGACACCCCCACGAAGAACGCGUCUCUACAGAGAGGACCCUUGGCCACCCCCGGAGUCAAGUCCAAAGCCGGCCCUUUGAAGCCGGCCAGGGAAGGCCCAGAAAGCAAAGACCAAGGGGGCGAGACGCCGAGUUCGCCCUUCCCCGGAGUGGUUCUGAAGCCGGCCGCGAGCAGAGGCGGCCCGAGCCUGUCCAAGAGGGCCGAUGAAAAGAAAGAGGGCAGGAGGGCAGAUGCUGGCACGAGCGUCUUCUCCAGCAGGACGAGUCAGGAAGAGCCUGCCUCCGGCGCUCCACCUGCCUUGCUCCCCAAGACCCCUUCUAAGGUGACAGCGGCAGGCCCCUGGGGCCACAGCCAGGACAAGGAAAAGGGAGACAAGACUGCAGCCACCCCGAAGCAGAAGCCCCUGCCCUCCUUGCUUGUCCUGGGCCCUCCUCCGCAGAAACCCAGCAGACCGCCCAAUGUGGACCUGGCAAAAUUCCGCAGGGCUGCUUCUGUUCACAGUACUAGCAAAGGCCAAACGCCUUACUCAACAACGUCUCUACCACCGCCUCCGCCGCCCCACCCAGCCAGCCAGCCGCCAUUGCCAGCGUCUCACCCAACACAACCGCCAGUCCCAAGUCUGCCUCCCAGGAACAUCAAGCCUCCUUUAGAUCUAAAAAGCAUUCUCAGUGAUGAAAACCAAGAUGGUGUCAUGCAUUUGGAUGGUGCUGGGAAUCUAGAUGAGGAAGAAAGUGAAGGAGAAACAUAUGAAGACAUAGAGACAUCCAAAGAACGGGAGAAGAAAAGGGAAAAGGAGGAAAGAAAGAGAUUAGAGCUGGAGAAAAAGGAACAGAAGGAGAGAGAAAAGAAAGAACAAGAGAUAAAGAAGAAAUUUAAACUAACAGGUCCUAUUGAUGUCAUCCAUCAAGCCAAAGCUUGCUGUGAUGUCAAAGGGGGGAAGAAUGAACUGAGCUUCAAACAAGGAGAGCAAAUCGAAAUCAUCCGCAUCACAGACAACCCUGAGGGGAAAUGGUUGGGCAGAACCUCCAGGGGGUCAUAUGGCUACAUCAAAACCACCGCGGUGCAGAUCGACUACGACUCGCUGAGACGGAAGAAGACCUCUCUCGGUGCCCUCUCAUCGAGACCCGUGGAAGACGACCAAGAAGUGUACGAUGAUGUUGCAGAACAAGACGACGUCAGCAGCCACAGUCAGAGUGGAAGUGGAGGGAUGUUCCCACCUCCCCCAGGUGACGACGAAAUUUACGAUGGGAUUGAAGAGGAAGAUGCUGAUAAUGGCUCCACGCUACAGGUCAAAGAGAAGAAUAACUCGUGGUCCUGGGGAAUUUUGAAGAUGAUAAAGGGAAAAGAUGACAAAAAGAAAAGUAUACGAGAGAAACCUAAAGUCUCUGAGUCAGACAGUAAUGAAGGUUCAUCUUUCCCUUCUCCUCCUAAACAAUUGGAUGCAGGAGAUGAAGUCUAUGAUGAUGUUGAUGCCUCUGAUUACCCUGCUCCUUCAGCAGAAACGAGUCAAGGAGCCAAGGCCAAAGCAGAAGAGAAAGACCUUAAGAAGCUAAAAAAGCAAGAAAAAGAAGAAAAAGACUUCAGGAAAAAAUUUAAAUAUGAUGGUGAAAUUAGAGUCCUAUAUUCAACCAACGUUGUUCCAUCCAUAACUUCUAAAAAGUGGGGGAACAAAGAUCUACAGGUGAAGCCUGGUGAAUCUCUUGAAGUUAUACAAAACACCGAUGAUACAAAAGUUCUCUGCAGAAAUGAGGAAGGCAAAUAUGGUUUUGUCCUUCGGAGUUACUUGGUGGACAAUGACGGAGAAAUCUAUGAUGAUAUCGCUGAUGGUUGCAUCUAUGACAAUGACUAGCUCCCGGCUUUGAUCAUUCUGCAAUGUUCAUUUGAUGCCAAUAUGAGGUCUGGGUUUUACAUGGCCUAUGUUAUUGGUUAUUAUAGAAAAUGAAUGCACAAAACUACUUAUUACUAUUUGUUAUAAACUCUGAGUAUCUUUAUAAAGUUUUGACAUUUGGGACUUGGAAAAUCUCUGUUUAAUCAACAUGUUGGAAGGCUGCGUCAAUGAGAUGUAAGAAUUAUUAAAUAUCCCAUUUCUGCCUCAGCUAAAAUUAUGAAGGUGCUUCCAAAAAAUAAUCAUUUGAGAAGAAAUGACUGUAUUGUCUAAAGAAAAACAAGGAAGAACAAUAAAGAAAUAUAAAAAAUGAAAAUUUUAAACAUCACAAGAAAACAACUAUUGUUUGCAUCUCUAUUUGUGACUAUAUCUUAUAUCCUCUAUUCAAAUUAUCUGUCUUUAUAAAGGCUGAGCUCUCUUCUCUCUUGCUGGUGGGUUAAGUGUUUUUCAAAAAUUAUAGUAGUAGCAAAACUUUUGUAUAAAGUUUGUCCCUAUUUGUUAAUUGUGAAUAUGUGUUAAUUAUUUGAUAGGAAUGUAUGCAUUUUGGUAUGCACACCUAAGAUUAAAACUAUAGAUGAAUCUGAAGUUAUAUUUUUUGCUGAUUCAUAUGCUAGCUGUAUAAUUUUGUGCUCUGUUUGAAGUACUGUUGUAAGGUGAGGGGAAUAGAAAUUAAUGAGGUUCACCCUAAAAUUAUGCAGAAUGGAAUUUGGACGUUGAAAUUACCCUUUUAUGGCUCAUCUUUACUAGGAAGAGUUUUUAAAAUGUUUUUGUUUUUCAAUUACCUCUAUGGAGCUUUUUUUUUUUUUUUUUUACUUUACUGUCAAGCUGGCCAGCAGAGGGAGUACAAAUGAAUAAAUGCCAGUGUUUGUAACAGGGUGUUCCUAUUGAUACAUCCUCUUCCCAAAGCAACCCAGCAACAAAAUGUGAAGCAUUUGGGUACCCAAAUGCUAAGAACACUAAACUCAUGAUACAAAAUGCAAAACCCUAACUCCCAAGAAAAUAGCUUCUGAAGAGUGACCCCAGUGAAUUGAAAUAAUUACAAAUGAUUAUAAAGAACCUCUAAGACUUUGUAUGGUUAAAGUGGGGUUUCCAUUAGAUGCGUUGAAAUUUGAAAACAGAUCAUCAACUUCUGUUGCUCAAUUUAUACAGUCUGGACAUGUGAGGCCCCCAAAUGAGAAGGCCACUAAUCUCAAAGAUCCCUCCCAAUUAUGAAAUAUUUUGAUGUCUACUUAUUGAUAGGAAAACCAAUCUAUGCUCACACAAUGAAUUUAAUGCCAGAUAAAAUUACAUGGGCCAGAGUAGUUUUUGUCUGUUAAAUUUGAUAACACAUUUACAUAAUACACUGACAGUAUAUUUCCAGUUAUUGUUUUUUUCUGGUUGAGAAUAAUAUAAAUUCAAUAGAGUAUAAGUUUUUAAAAUUCCAAACUAGAUCAAGAAAAUAUUUUAGAGUUUGGUUUAUACACCAAGAAAUAGAUGCCCACACCUAUGAAAGAUUUGUGUAGUCAAUAAUCAUAUUAGCCUAAAAUAUUUGAAGUAUUCAUUUUAAUAUAUUAAAUAUUAUUUCUGUUAUAGUUUUAUGUAUGGAAUUUUGUCAUGUAAGAAGAGUAACAAAUAAAUAAUACCUCAGCAGAUGAGUUUGCCUCCGAUUUCUUCAAGAAAUCGAGGCCAUUGUCCUACCUGUCCUGUAACUUCAUGUCACAUCUGCGAGUCUUCCUCCGAGCCCUUCAUCACCUCUUUUUGCUUCAGACUCAGAGGAUGGGGUACCUCUUGUUCAAGACCAAACCUGCCACCAGUGCUCCUGAUACUUUGCCUCCUAUUUUGUGGUAGAAAUUGAGAUAACCAAGUGCAAUUUCCUUCAACUUCCAACAAUGUUCAACCUUAACUCCAUAUCCAAACACUAGCUUAGAGAAUGAGGUGUCACUUCUCAGAUCCAAAGCCACUACCCAUUUCUUCCUCUCCCUGCUCUGGAGUUUUCUUCCUCCACUAUUCACUCUCUUUCCCUUCCCCUUUCUCAAUCUCACUACCCAUUUCUUCC